GUCAAGCUCCUCUUCAUCGAGGUCAUCGUCUGCGACAAGGGCGUCGUGCGCAAGUUCCUCACGCAGCGACUGGCCGUCGGGCCCGACGGCGAGCGCCUGGGGCCGCAGCAGCUGGCGGGGAGGCUCCGCGCGACGGACCGCGCGCUGAACGAGUACGGGCGGAGCUUCGUGACGAUCCAGGACGACGGCUCCGAGGACGAGCUAAGCUACGUCAAGCUCAUCGACUACGGCGACAAGGUCGUCACGAACCGCAUCCGCGGCUUCCUGCUGAUGCAGAUCGUCAAGUACCUGAGCCACGUGCACCCCAAGCCCCGCACGGUCUACCUGAGCCGCCACGGCCAGUCGCUCUACAACGCCUGCCAGAAGAUCGGGGGCAACCCGGGCCUCACGGACGCCGGCGAGCGCUACGCGAAGUGGCUCGGCGAGUUCGUGCCGGGCGAGAGCUCGCUCCGGCCCAUCGUGCCCGCGCGGCUGUGGACGUCGACGCUCAAGCGCACGAUCGACACGGCGCGCCACAUCCCCCACCCCGUGCUCGAGCUCCGCCAGGGCGGCGUCUGGCACCAGAUGUCGCCGCGCGUCUACCGGAAUCUCGACGAGAUCUUCGCGGGCGACUGCGAGGGCAUGACGUACAAGGAGAUCGAGGAGACCUUCAACGAGGAGAGCCUCCUGCGCAAGCGCGACAAGCUCGGGUACCGCUACCCGCGGGGCGAAUCCUACCUCGAUUUGAUCGCGCGCCUCGACCCGCUGAUGCACGAGCUCGAGUCCUACACGGAGCCCUUGCUCGUCGUCUCGCACCAGGCGACGCUCCGCAUCCUCUACUCCUACCUCGUCGGCAUCCCCCGCGCCGACGCGCCCAAGAUCGAGAUCCCGCUCCACAACGUCAUCAAGAUCACC